UUUUAGUGGGACAGAAAAGUUGAUUUUUAACUUUAAAAACUAUGUCAUUUGACAAAAGAUGUAUGUUUGUUAUUUUCUGUUGUUAUAAAGGAGACGUUGGAAAAUAAUGCAGACAGCAGAAAAACACCCACCAAUUAAUGUUAAUGAUGUUUUUCAGUUGACAAAUAUCGGCAUUCCUAGUAAUGAGGUCACAUGGUCCCGGGUGUCAAUGCUUUCCGACCGGUGGAUUUGUGUUCGACAUUCUAAAAACAACGAUCCCAAAACCAAGGCUUCUACUUCUACGCUGACUGUGGUGAAUCUGAAGAAGGACUGUGAGUAUACGUCGUACGAUGGCGGGAUGACCGACUCAGUUCUUAUGCAUCCGUCCGAGCCAAUAAUAGCACUCAAAGCUUUCAUGAAGUUUGAAGUGUUUAACUUGGACACAAAGACGUUGAUCAGUAAAACGACCCAUCACGAGCAGGUCCUCUUCUGGACAUGGCUCAACUCGGACAUCAUCGGCAUAGUGACCGACAUGGCUGUUUAUCACUGGUCACUCUGGCAAGAGGACUCUUCUCCGGAGAAAAUAUUUAACCGACACAGUCGUCUGGAAUUCACUGAGAUUGUGUCCUACCAAGCCGAUCCUACACUCAAAUGGUUGGCGCUCACUGGCAUGUCACCAGAGGAAGACCGGAUCUCAGGAAUCACUCAGCUGUACAGUGUGGACGAAGAAAUAACACAGUGUAUCAACUCUCACGCUGUUUGCUUUGCCCUGUACAAAUUCUGCGACAACCUCUACCCAUCGACAACCUUCUGUGUGGGGUCCAGAGACAGUCAAGACCAUGGAAAGGUCCAUGUGAUAGAAUUGCGUCCAUACCACAAGGGGAACUUUGCUCCAAGGAGUAGUUACGAUCACGUACAGUUCCGAGAUGACUACGACAAAUACGAUUUUCCCAUCUCCCUCCAGGUGUCUAGCAAAUAUGGCCUGUUGUUUAUGAUCACCAAAUACAGUUAUCUGUACAUCUGUGACAUGGAAACUGCCGUCUGCCUCUCCUGUACACGGAUUAUCAUGGACAUCAUCUUUGCAGUAACCCUUAACACUAAAACACAGAGUAUUUUAGGAAUCACCCGAAGUGGGCAGGUGAUCUCUGUCGAUCUCAGAAAGGACAAUCUCCUCUCAAACCUCCGUGAUACAGCAAAGUUGUCCAGUCAAGUGACGCGCUUAGAGAAGGCAAUACUGAACAGUUAGUACUGGAGAAAACAGUAUCUUUAUGGUGUUCGAGAAUUAUCAGCAAAUGCAUCUGGCCAUGCCAGACCUAAUGGCAGAUGCUGCUUACUUCUUAUUACUAUUAUAUACAAGUUUACAGGGUGAAUAGUUCUAGCUGCUUGGCAGAACAUUGGUAUAUUAGCAUGAUGCAGCCAGUAUCUUAAGGCAGUUGUGUUCUAUCUAGUCAGAGAGCUGUAGGCUUUUUAAACGUUUAUGACUUUUUCACUCUAAAACCAUGAGUUGGUGUUUUGAAAAAGAUAAUUAUUAGUGAUUUAUACGAUGUAUUCGAAACUGUCCUGGUGCAGGGAACGUGUUCCUAAACGUUUCAAAGAAGUGAAAACAUGUUCGGGAAUGUGUUCCCGUUCUCAAACCACACACUACCUCGACUGGUGGUGUUACAAGAACACGUUCUCAUCCAUUCGCGAAAUCAUGCAGUUUCAAAUAUACGGAUUAUGUUGUUGUUUUGAAAAUCUAAAACAGGUGAUCACGAAAGUACAGGAGAUGAAAUACCUAUUACAAAGUAGAAUUCUAACUAAUAAGUCGCAAACAUAUGUGAAUACACCUCGUUGAUUACCUGCAGUAAUUGCUGGUAGCCACUAUAAGCAAGAACUGAUUAUAUGUGCCAGGGAUAUUUGCGUAUGUGUGAACAUAAUUAUGUCACUAUAUAAUAGAAUGCAAUUAUUAAAUUUAAUGUAAUUUAACACUUCAAGGCCUACACCUUCACUUUGCCUACAUUUCUAAGGAAAAUAAAAAUGUUUUUAUUUUUCAAAAUGUUCUAUCAAAGAAGGUAAAUAUUUUAAUACUUUUCAAUAUUAGACCUAAAUAUUUUGAUAUCCUGUAAAUGACAGGAUAAACCGUAAAGAUAUUUAUAUCCUUUCAUUACCAGGAUACUGACAGUAUAAACCCAAUAAGUGUUGAUAUUAUUUUCAUUGACAAAAUUCUUUCAAAGUAAACCUUUUAAUUGAUAGGAUGCGGAUAGGAUAAACCUAAUAGAUGAUGAUAUCCUCAUGUUGUGAAUGCUUAAGUAUAUCUUUGCCUUUGAUUUGAUAAAUGCAUUAUUGCAUGUUGAUAGUUAUUAUUUCAUGGAAGCUGCAGUUAAUACAUGUAGGUAUUUUGUGGGUAACAAUUAAAAAAUAUUAAUCACAUAAUCUUUGUGCUAAAAAUGCCAAAUGUUAAUGGGACAUAUGGUAAUUUCUCCCAUCUCUAGCCAUGCAAGACAGACCUUUUCCAUGAUGUCAGCCAAUGUGGAGUAAAUCUGUCUUGGGCUAUGACAUCAUUGAAUUUAACAUGGGGGAGUAUUACAGCGUUGGUAAUAUAUGACAUAUCAAUGUGAGUUGGUUAGUUUUAGAUUAAUAUUUUGUUAUUAAAACCUUCAUUAUAAAACCUAUCUUGUUAAUUUGUAGUG